CACAGCCCACUUCAUAUCGACUGACCAAUAAGAAGAAUUUCAGUGUUGGCAAAAGGCUUACGGCUGGUGAAUUCCACAGGGCUUACAUAUCAUGUUCUAUGGACAACUCCCAUUGUCACAGGCAUAAAGGCAUAAAAGACACCAGGUCAGAGAAAGAAUCUUUCACUCCUGCUUCAAGAGCACAAACGGUGUGAAUUGUGCUUAGAGUUGGAUCCUUGCUAUCUACUCACCAUGUCCACUUACAGCUCGAAGCUAAUAACUUCUUCUGGGUUAGGUAAUAUUAGUGGUUCUUCACUCGGUCAGGCUGUUGGUUCCUUCAGGGCUCCAAGUAUCCAUGGAGGAUCUGGUGGCAGGGGUAUUUCUGUCUCUACGGCUCGGUUUGUCUCUUCUGGGGUAGGAGGUGGCCUUGGUGGUGGCUAUAGUGGUGGUUUGUACAGUGGCUUUGGUGGUGGUGAUGGCCUCCUUUCUGGAAAUGAAAAGACAACUAUGCAGAACUUGAAUGACCGCCUGGCGUCCUACCUGGAGAAAGUACGUACUCUGGAGGAGACAAAUUCUGAGCUAGAAGUUAAAAUCCGAGACUGGUACCAGAAACAAGGACCAGGGCCAGCCCAUGACUACAGCCAAUAUUACAAGACUAUUGAAGAUCUUCGAGACAAGAUUUUUGCUGCCACCAUUGACAACUCCAAGUUUGUUCUGCAGAUUGAUAAUGCCAGGCUGGCUGCUGAUGACUUCAAAACCAAGUAUGAAACAGAGCAGGCGCUGCGCAUGAGUGUUGAGGCUGACAUCAGUGGCCUGCGAAGAGUCCUGGAUGAACUGACCCUGGCCAGAACUGACCUGGAGAUGCAGAUAGAAAGCCUGAAGGAGGAGCUGGCUUACCUAAAGAAGAACCACGAGGAGGAAAUGAAAGCCCUGGGUGGGCAAACAGGUGGCCAAGUCAGUGUUGAGGUUGACUCUGCUCCAGGUAUUGAUCUGACCAAGGUCCUGGCUGACAUGAGAGACCAGUAUGAAGUCAUGGCUGAGAAGAACAGGAAGGAUGCUGAAACUUCGUUCAACAGCAAGAUUGAAGAGCUAAACCAAGAAGUAGCCAUCAAUACUGAACAGCUGCAGACCAGCAAGACUGAAAUCACAGAUCUGAGACGCACCCUCCAAGGCCUGGAGAUAGAGCUUCAGUCCCAGCUUAGCAUGAAAGCUGCCUUGGAAGGCACCUUGGCAGACACUGAGAAUCGCUAUGGUGCCCAGCUGGCACAGAUCCAGCACCUGAUUGGAAACAUUGAGGCACAGCUGACCGACCUUCGAGCUGAUAUGGAGCGGCAGAACAGUGACUACAAGAUACUCAUGGACAUCAAGACCCGUCUGGAGCAGGAGAUUGCCACUUACCGCCAGCUGCUGGAAGGCCAUGACUCCUAGAUGUUUCGGACCCUUUAUGGAACUGCUGGCUCUCAAAGCAGCAGCAAAAGAGACAAGGUGGCUGAUGGAAAGAACUACUGAAGAGACUUGGACUAUCUUACUCUCGAAGAAUAAAAACACUAGACAAGCAGGAACCCAAGGGUGCCAUCACAGACAGACAGUAGUGCUUUGAGAUCUUCACUUCUAAGAAAUUCUAGACCACACAAUGGUCAAGGUAGAAUAGGGCCAUUUAUUAGUGAUACAUUUAUGAACUGGGUUAGCUGUUCUUACAUUUCCAGUUCUCUUUUACUACUAUCUUUGCUGUUUCUACUGUCUAAUAAAAUCAUCUGAUUUA